AUGUCCUGUGAAGCUUGUCGCACUAUCCCUCCUGUGAUCUCGCAAGAUUACACACCCCAGGGCGAAUAUGAAACUCUUGCUGGCCUGAAAACUUACAUAACGGGAAAUGCGAGUUCCACCAUCGGCCUGGUUGAUAUCUACGAUAUUUUUGGUCUCUCCAACCAAACUCUGCAAGGUGCAGACCUCCUUGCUCAGCGAUUGAAUGCGCUGGUGCUGGUCCCGGAUUUCUUCGAAGGCGAUGCCUUAUCACACGAUACAGUGCCUGUAGAUACCGAGCAGAAGCAGAAGAUCAUUGGCGACUUCCUGGCCUCCAAGGCCGAUAUCCCUCGAAGUGUCAGUGUCCUGGUCGGCGCUGUCGAACAAUACAGAACCAAAUUUCCAUUGGUUACGAAGUGGGGUGCAUUUGGGCUAUGCUGGGGUGGAAAGGUAACUGCUCUUGCCUCUGGGGCCGAGACACCAUUCGCCGCGACCGGCCAAGUUCACCCUGGCGCCAUGCAUCCAGCUGAUGCGAAGGCGAUAUCUAUUCCUCAUAUUGUGUUGGCAUCCAAAGAUGAGCCAGCUGACGUGGUUGAAGAAUACGCUAAUGUGAUUGCAAAUGGGAAGGGGGGUCUGGUGGAGACUUAUCCAAGCAUGUGGCAUGGAUGGAUGGGUGCUCGGGCCAACCUCGAACAGGAGGACAGUCGAGAGGAGUACGCUCGUGGAUACAACCAGCUGGGUGACUUUUUCGAGAAGAAUCUUUCUUAG